AUGGUGAACGCACCGAGAACUGUGAAAGAUACUCCGGCGAAUGAGUUCGUCAUCUCCUUAGCGCAAUACUUUCGAUCUUCGGGCAAGAUGGAAGUCCCGCAAUGGGUUGAUAUCGUCAAAACCGCCACCUUCAAAGAGCACGCCCCGUACGACCCGGAUUGGUUUUACAUCAGAUGUGCCUCUACGGCGAGAAAGAUUUACGUUCACGGCAGAAUGGGCGUUGGAGCGUUGAGAAAGUCGUACUCUGGUUCCAAGAACAACGGACACAACAAGCACCACCGCGCGAUUGGUUCGGGUUCGGUGGCGAGAGCGGUAUUGCACCAACUCGAAAGUUUAGGCGUGGUUGAAAAAGACGGUAAAGGAGGCAGAGUCAUCACGGCUUCGGGUAUGAGAGAUUUAGAUCGCAUCGCUGGUAGAGUGAAGGUUGAUCACAAGAUGAUCUAA